AUGGUGGCAGCUCGUUCCCAAGUGCUGACCCUAUACAAGCGUAUCCUGACGUUACAUCGACACAAACUGACGCCGCAUAUGCGUGUGCUUGGAGAUCAAUACGUGCGUGAUGAAUUCAAGCGGCACAAGAGCGCCGAGUCCAAGUUCGUGCCGCUAUUUUUACGGGAAUGGGAGGAGUAUGCGACUGUAAUGGAUCAGAAGAAGGAUCGCUUUGGUCAGGAAUUAUCGGUAGAAAAUCAGAAGCUACUGGAUAAGGAACAAAAGAUGAAGUUGCAAUCACUGCAAGAUGCUGCUAAGAAAGUGGGCGAGACCAUCGUAUAA